GUACUCACCCUAACUAGGCAUUUGGCUGUUUGGAUUUUUCCAUGGGCCGCCCUUCCAGCUUCUGAGUCCAGCGAGGUGCUCUCCGCCCUCUCCGCCGCUCUUUUAUUUUCUACUUAAGCUUUCCAAGACUGCUGUUCUGCUUCUUCCCAAGCAUAAGCCUUUCUUGUCCUAGCUUUGCCCUCCACUUCAAUCCAUCGUGCAGAUUCUGCUCAUUCGAGCCCCUUCUAGCACAUACACACACGUACACCAUGUCGAGCCUCGUCGACUUUGCCGCUCUGCUCGUCCGCCAGGACGCUGCUGAUCCCACUUCCAUCACCGAACCCGUCGAGGAGGCCGGUGGAUGCGAGCCUGGAAAUGAAUAUGACGGUCGUCUCGGCGUCCGCAUCUCUGCAAUCUUUGUGAUCCUGGUUGGAUCUCUCUUUGGCGCAUGGUUCCCUGUCUUCGCCCGGAGACACCAGUCCGUGGGCGUCCCGGAAUCGGCCUUUUUCAUCGCAAAGUACUUUGGCUCCGGUGUCAUUAUAGCCACAGCGUUCAUCCAUCUUCUCGCUCCUGCUAACGAGGCCCUCCUGAACCCCUGUCUCGAAGGCGAAACCAUCGCGGCCUACCCCUGGGUCGAAGGUAUUGCGCUCAUGACCAUCAUGGUCAUGUUCUUCAUCGAACUCAUGGUCAUGCGCUACGCGAAAUUCGGCACCGGCGACGCACACGCCCACGGCGCAACCCCAAUCACCCACCCGCAAAAGGAAGACGACAACGACAACAACGGCGCCGCUGAUUCCUCCUCCGUCCCCGGCACCGACCACCUCGGCCACGAGCACAGCCACGUCGCAAACAGCGAAAUCGACUCGUCCUGGGAGGCAAAGGGCCUCAUCCCGGAGUCCUACUCCGCCCAGCUCACCGCCAUCUUCAUCCUCGAGUUUGGCGUCAUCUUCCACUCCGUCUUCAUCGGUCUCACCCUUGCCGUCGCGGGCUCCGAAUUCACCACUCUCUACAUUGUGCUUGUGUUCCACCAGACCUUUGAGGGCUUGGGUCUGGGCUCUCGUCUGGCGACCGUGCCGUGGCCGAAGAGCAAGCGCUGGACCCCCUAUUUGCUGGCUGCUGGCUAUGGUAUCAGCACUCCGAUAGCAAUUGCGAUUGGUCUCGGCGUGCGCGAGAGCUACCCACCUGAGGGCCGCACCACUCUGAUUGUCAACGGUGUCUUUGACAGUAUCUCGGCCGGCAUCCUCAUCUACACUGGACUAAUCGAGCUGAUGGCCCACGAGUUCAUGUUCAGCCCAAGCAUGGCCCGGGCGCCAAUCAAGAAGGUCCUGAGUGCCAUGUUGUUGAUGUACCUUGGCGCCGCGCUGAUGGCCUUGCUUGGAAAGUGGGCUUAGAGGGGGCGUUUUUUGGGGGGGUCAUUUAUCUGGCAUUAGUAUGGGAGGAAAGAGGGCAUGGGAAACUGGCGUCUCUGAUAGACAUUGGGGGGAUCUCACAAUUAAAAAGAAAAGGGCUUAUGGGGAUAUCUUUGG